CCAGAUAGGAAGAAAUGAUUUCCAUUAGGAAAUCUUGCAAGAAAUAGCAUACACCCAAAGCCUGAUGUCUUUGUAUUUCAACCAUGGCAUUUUUUAAAGGUAAGACUCAAUCAACAAAAAGGGGGAAACACGUUUCCUGUCAGUAAGUGAUACAAAAAAUAUAUAAUUCCCAGAAUAGAUCGUCACUAAUAUUUGUUCCGCCUUUGUUAACUUGCGCUUUAUGAAUAUGUGUCUUACAAUCUUCAGGAUUAUGCAUAGUAUCAGGUUAAGCAACUUCAUAACAGAAGUUCGCCGCUCUCGUCGCACUCGGAUGCAGGCGGCGGCGGGACGGCCCACAUACAGAAGCCUCAGAUGUCGGAGCGUCACGUCAGUCCCUGAACGCAGCACCUGUGCGCUCAGAAGCCCCCUUCGCUCUCAAGCAGCAGACAGAUGAGAGGGGGGACGCCGGGAACACGACCACAGGUUGGAGUUGUUUAUUUUAUUUUUUGCACACUGCACUUUCUAAUUUGAUUAUUUUUAUUAAGUGAACAGAUCAGAGUCUGCAAGAUUAGUUCAUGCAGUGCGAAACGUUGGUCGAGCAGAGCAUCCUUAAGCGUUCAGCUUUCAGAGUCUUCUUCUCGGGCUUCUUCGGGAUGUGUUGCACGACUCUCCUCCUCGCCGCCCUCUGCGCAUUUGCGCACUUGGACACUUUUACGCACGGGUGCCAGCUGCCCUCCGAGUGGCGGCCGCUGAGCGAGGGCUGCCGGGCGGAGCUGGCGGAGAUCAUCGUGUACGCUCGGGUGCUGGCGAUCCACCGAGAGCCCCCCGGCGGCGGGGAGGGCAGCGUGCACAACUCGCUGGCCUUCGGGUACGGGUACGGCUACGAGGGCGCAGAGGAAGGGCUGCUGUACUCGGCAGAGGUGGAGCUGCUGUGCGACCAGGCCUGGGGCAGCAUGCUGGAGGUGCCCACUGGAUCUAGGCUCAACCUGACCGGACUAGGGUACCUGUCCUGCCAGUCCCACACGGUGAUGGAGAACUACUCCUACUUCUUCUUCCUCAGGAUGGACGAGAACUACAACUUCCUCCCGCAUGGCGUCAACUUCCAGGACGCCAUCUUCUCCGACACGGCCGACAACAGGCGCAUGUUUUCCAGCCUCUUCCAGUUCUCCAACUGCACCAUGGGGAACCAGCCGUUCCACACCUUCAGCCCCGAGUGGGACACCCAGGAGGACAACAGGCUGCUGUGCUCCUCGGUGCAGUCGGCGCUGUUCGACGAAGAGGAGCGGGGCCGCAAACUGCGGGAGCGCCUGGCCGCAGUGGAGAGGAGGAACCGGCAGCUGAAGGAGCGCGUCCGCAAGGCCAAGCGCUCCUUACGGAACGCGCGCAAGGCCACGCGCAGGGCCGAGCAGGCGGCGCAGGAGCUGCAGGAGCAGCUGAAGGCUGCCGAGCGGCGAGAGGGGCACCACCUCAACGCCAUAACCCAGGAGGAGCCUCCGCCCGGGCGUUACGCGAGCGCAGCGCUGCGCCAGCAAGUGCAGCUUUAACUAGACCUGCCUGCCCCAACCUGCCACCCACCUGGACUGAAGACUGGCUGUGGAGAGCGAGAGGCUGCUGGGCAGUUUCUGAGCAAAGAGACAAAAGAAAUAGCGACUACCGUAUAAGAGUUAACAAAUCUGUAAAGUAAUAAUCUACUUAGUUUUUGUAAGUAAAGUAUUAUUUCUCUCUUAUAUCACUGAUUGCAUUUACACAACGAGGCAAGGGUCAGGUCAGAUUCCUGGUCAUCUGACAAAUGAACCAAAAAGUUUUCCUGAAAGGGAAUCGAACACCUACUCUCUCGAUAAUUCCGCCCGCGGUUCGAGCAGCACUUUUAGCUCAGCUGUUUUUCCAACAGGAUCUAGUCGGUGCUCAGUGCUACUCUCAGGCUGUGAUCACAUCGGAUGUGUUUUUUCCUCCAAUACAUCAGCAUCAGCGGACGCAUGUAGGAGUGUAAAGAGUGGCACAAUAUCAUGGUGGCCGCUCACAAGUGUCUUGUUUCCCCAACCUGAGAGGUCAAGACAAACUGGCCAAAGAAUAGGUCCGUUCAUGCAAGGGGCAAGACAAGAGGAGAACUAAGAAUUAAAGUUAAAUGGGCACCCCCACUUAUUUUACACGUCAAAGUGAAGCACUCUGCAAAUAACCCCAGUGAUGUCAUCAGGGCUGUCUUUGCUCGGGUUUGAAAAAUGAUCAGAAAAAAAUUAUCACAAAGUUUUACACACCGGGGACAUAAGACGUAAGCGUUUGGGUGGGGUCUAACAAAUGACGCUAUUGAGUUGCACUAUGGGAUGUGUAGGAGUGUUAAGUGUUAAUCCAGUGUUAAAGUCAGACGAAAAGUUUGAUUUCAAACAUAUUGUCAUUAGUCAACUUUCACUUUCAGAGAGAGUGGUGUGUCCGUGAUCGAGAACUCUUGGAUGUUUGAGAAGGUUCUUUUUUUCCUUUUUCUUUUUUAUUAAUUCAAGUCUGCACGUCAACUUGCGUGUACAUAUUUUUGUAUGAACACUUUCUGCUUAUAAAAUUUGAAGUUGGAUGCACAAAAGUGUGACCGUGACAGUGUUAUGUUGGGAUAACGUUAACAACCGAGUCACCGGAGUAUACACUCAUGCAGGGUUAAGGUCGUAAACAGAAACAGUACGUGUGUGUGUGAGUGUGUGUGUGUGUGUGUGUGUGUGUGUGUGUGUGUGUGUGUGUGUGUGUGUGUGUGUGUGUGUGUGAACUAUUUGGGGGGAGAACGUUUGUGUGUGUGUGUGUGUGUGUCUGUCUGGUCCAUCAAGUGACUGGAAUGUGUUUGUAUGGGCAGCGGUGCUCUGAGCAGCAGGAUGUCCCUGAAAUAUUCCUCUAAUUCAGUCUGGAAAAAAAAAAACAAAGCUCCGGAGGGAGGCAAGGGUCCGUCACAUCACAAGACCUUU